AUGGAACCCAUGAAGGACCGUAAUGUGAAUAAACAACCGAUUACAGAGCAAGAAGUUGUCAGGGAAAUCUUAAUGUAAGUAGCGUACCUAUUUUGUGACUGUGUUUUAAGAAAUUUGCUACCAACUAGUACUUCGGAGAUUGUUCGAUAUUCGCCCAACGUUGGAUAUUUCUUGGAUCCGAAAUAUGAAUUCAAAUCAAAUCUAUACAACUUGAGUUAUGUAAGUAUCUGAGUUUAUGUUUUCGUUUAAUUCAGAUUUAGCAAAAAGCUCUUCUCGACGACUCUGGUAGAAUGAAGGAGAAGUUGGCACAGAUCCACAGUUUUGUGCGGGAAAACGCAAGCAUGAAGGCCAAGUUCUUUCCAGUAGCUCCAAUUGUCACUGUGGCAACGAAUUUUUACAAUGAAAUGAUCAGUGAAAUUGAACAAAAACUCCAAUCUACAAAAAGCAAGUGGACUUUGGAUGACAAACGAGUAUAUUUAGGCUUGGACGGGCUCUGUUCCACAGUCGAGAAUUGGGUAUUCAAGACAUCGAAGGUUCACAAAUUCUUGGCACCAUUAUUCCAUGGGAUACCAUCUUAUCAUGAUGUUGAGAGCGCAUGGACCUUCUUCUUUAAAAUCCACAUGAGCUAUGUUAACCCUGAAACGGAACUGGUAAGUUUUGUAACCCUAAAUAUAUGUUUGAAGCCUUUUGUACGGGAGCUGCAAAGCGCCUUUAUAACGUUGUUACCAAACUACUUGGAUAUUCUCUGCAAUGGAUCUAUGGACAUCGAGAGACGUGGAAGUGAUACGUAUGUUAUAACUUGUGUAAAAUAAUGUUUUUUAGGAUUAUCACUACAAACGGUGGGGACAACCGCUCUCAAGCGGUGAAUUUCACAAUGCUCUGGACUGACAAACUUGUUGUAACUUUCAAAAGAGCCAUUAAGAACCGAUUGCGGGUGGAAACAGGAGCAUUAUCUCUUAUGGCGGACACAAAACCAUGGUCCCAUUUCAUCAAAAUUCAAUUCUCCAAAAUUACAAAUGACAAUUUGCUAACGUAAGUUUCCAAAAAGUUUUUAUUAAUUUUUAGAUUGAAAGCUCAUCAAUUUGCAAAGUUGUUAGAAGAAUCCUGUGAAGUUUAUGCAGCUCAGUUCUCGGCUAUUAUAUUUGGUGAACUUCGGAAGAAAGACUUGAAGUCUUGGCUGAAUGAGAUAAAGGUAAUUUUGUUUAUAGCGAGCUAUUAUAUUUUUAGGAUAUUUACCUCUUCGAGAUCUUCGCAGAAGCUGUCAGUAAGUUUGUUAAUCUCGACUUUGUUGAAAGUCCUCGUUCGACUAGACUGGCAGCGCUAACAAAAUGUUUAAAUAAGCUGCCAAGACCUGAUAAUGGGAAGAGAUAUAGAAUUGCAUGGACAGAGGAUCUCGAUUACAUACGGUUCCAUGUAACCCCCAAGGUAGAAUUUUAGUAACUUUUUGAAAUAAUAAAACAAUUGCAGCUUGCAUGGCCCAUGAAUGCCAUUUUCAGCGAUGGUCUCUUCCAAAAACUGAACAAAGCGCUCCAAUUGAUAACACUUUUACAAUAUUGCAGUACCAUCUGUGCCAUGAUUUCAAUUCACUUUCUUUUUAAAACUGAUCCUUUGACCCGUGAUGUGGUUGUAGUCAGACGAAAGCAGUUUUUGAUCACGAUUUUAAAUGAUCUUAUCCAGGAACUGAAGGAUAUGGCGCUAAACUUUGUACGUUUACUCUUGAAGAUUAGUUAUGAUUUAGUUUACUGUUUUAAUGGAGAACGCCGUGAAUCAUGUUCUACGGGCAACCGAUUUGGAGACUCUGGAAGGUGCGGUAACGCAAUGGGAAAACAGUUUGGAGAUGUCGUCCCGAAAUAAAUGGAUCAAUACUGGGAUCAACGGCCUUCUCUUGUUGAGCAACAAGAUCUACGAAGAGGUCGAACAGCCUGUAACACGCUUCAACGUGACUCAAAUAGAACGAAUACUGAGUAGAUGCCUCAAAAUGUUGGAACCGGCCAUUGAGGACGUCGACCAACUGGAUCCUGACUCCAUCGAAUAUUGUUUUUACAGUGCCACCAGCUACUAUCUCCCAAUUGUAAAUGACAAGUUGGUUUUCUAA